UACUCAUCACUGAAUAAUCAAUCCCAAGUGAUCAGCUGCACACUCAUUUCGCACGUACCUAAAACCCCGCCAUUACCAUUUCUCCGGAGUCCGAACCCAUCCUCCACCUCUCCUCAUCACAAAAGCGGGUCAAGAAAUGGAUCAGGUUCUAGCGCUUACGGUCGUUUCGGUUCUGCUCGGCGCUGUAAUUGCCCUCGCCUUCUUCAAUAGUUACUUCGGCAAGCGAAGAUCCGAGGUCCAGUCCAUCGCGAAAGCGGAGCUCCAGUCGGAUCCGAAGAAGCACCAGAGGCCUCCUCCACUCAAGAAGUCUCACUUCAAAGCUCACUCCCAUUCUGCUGCUGAUAAGGAUCAAAACAAACGGCAUCAUCCCUUGGAUUUAAACACUCUAAAGGGUCAUGGCGACUCAGUCACAGGGAUAAGUUUUUCCUCUGAUGGGCGAAGUUUGGCAACAGCUUGUGCUGAUGGAGUGGUCAGGGUAUUCAAGUUGGAUAAUGCUUCAAGUAAAAGUUUCAAGUUUAUGAGAAUGAAUUUGCCUGCUGGAGGCCAUCCAACAGCAGUUGCUUUCUCUGAUGAUGUGUCUUCUAUAGUCAUAGCUUCUCAGACGCUUACUGGUUCUUCUUUGUACAUGUAUGGAGAGGAAAAGCCCAAAGGUUCUAAUGAAAAUAAACAAGCCAAGCUUCCUCUCCCAGAAAUUAAAUGGGAACAUCGCAAAGUCCAUGAGAAAAGAGCUAUUAUAACCCUUGUUGGCACCACUGCAAGUUAUGGAAGUGCUGAUGGAAGUACAAUUAUUGCUUCUUGUUCAGAGGGGACUGAUAUCAUAAUUUGGCAUGGAAGAACUGGGAAGAUUUUGGGAAAUGUUGACACGAAUCAAUUGAAAAACACCAUGGCUGCCAUAUCACCAAAUGGGCGCUUUAUUGCUGCUGCAGCCUUUACUGCAGAUGUGAAGGUUUGGGAAAUAGUAUACUCAAAGGAUGGUUCGGUCAAGGAGGUUUUAAAAGCUAUGCAGCUGAAAGGGCACAAGAGUGCAGUAACUUGGUUAUGUUUUGCUCCUAACUCAGAGCAAAUCAUCACAGCUUCCAAAGAUGGUUCAAUAAGAAUUUGGAAUAUAAAUGUUCGGUAUCAUCUUGACGAGGAUCCCAAAACUCUGAAGGUGUUUCCAAUUCCACUUCAUGAUUCAAGUGGUGCUACUUUGCACUAUGAUCGUCUUUGUAUAUCCCCAGAUGGAAGGAUAUUGGCAGCAACUCAUGGUUCGACAUUGCAGUGGUUAUGUGUAGAAACUGGGAAAGUUUUGGACACAGCUGACAAAGCACAUGAAGGUGACAUCACAUGCAUCUUAUGGGCACCUAAGACCAUUCCUAUGGGAGAUGGAGAAGUUUUGCUUUUAGCCACAGCUAGUGUUGACAAGAAAGUGAAGUUGUGGGCAGCUCCAUCAACUCGCUGAUCCUAAUGUAAUGAAUGUGUUGGUGGACUUGCUUGAAGCAUUGAAUGAUGAAGAUACCCAGCAUAUAUGGUUGCUUGUCUAAUUAUUCACCCUGGUUUCCUCCAAUGGUUAAUGGUUUCAACAACUUACUCAAUGCAAGCUACAUACCUUUUAGCUGAAAGGUAAGAUGCAGGAUCUUCAGGAGCUUGCAAAUUCAGAGACCAAAGCCUUUAUCUUCACUCGCAUAGUUUGAUUGUACUGAAAUUUUGGUAACAGAGAUUGAUAGAGAAGUAGACAAUGUGGUGGGUUUUGACUGACUUUUGCAUCCGUCUAUGGGGUGUUACAAUAAUAGUUUCUAUGUUUUAUA